AUGACAAUGGUUUCCUCAGCAACUCUAUUCUUCUGUUCUCAUAUUUUGUUACUCGCGGUCACUCAAUCCCUUCCUCAGCCAUCAUUUUCAGCCUAUUCAUGUUCCAAUGGAAAAGGUCACUACACCGCUAAUAGUACCUACCAAACAAAUUUAGACACCCUUCUCUCCACAAUAGUCUCCACCAACGGCAAUGGCUAUGGCUUUUACAAUUCCUCCUAUGCCGAAAACUCAUCCAACCAAGUUUAUGCAGCUGGACUUUGUAGAGGAGAUCUCCUGGAGGAUGCUUGUCGUAGCUGCCUCAAUGACUCGAGCCACAAGCUCACAGAGCAUUGUCCUAACCAAAAAGAAGCUCUUGGGUUUUAUGACACUUGCAUGUUACGCUACUCAAACCGAUCCCUCUAUGGCCUCAUGGAGGAUUCCCCUCUUUUCUAUAUCGUGAGUCCAAGAAAUGUAGCAUCAUCGGAAGUGGAAGGGUUCUUUGAAGAGCUUUGGAAGCUAAUCCAAAGAUUGAGUAGUGAAGCUACAGCAGGUGGUUCACUUCGUAAGUUCGCAGUAAACAACACAACUACUUCAGAUUUAAAGACAAUAUUUGCACAAGCGCAGUGCACGCCAGAUUUGUCCAAGCAAGAUUGCACUGAUUGCUUGGUUGGUGCUUAUGAAGACAUCACAACCUACAGUUACGGGAAGGAUAGGGCCAGAAUUCUUAAACCAAGUUGUAACAUUAGGUAUGAGCCUGCUAGCUUCCUCGACCCUGCAAAUGUGGCACCACUUCCAUCAUUGCCACCAAUAUCUCCAAUUCUAAUUUUUGCAGAACCGAAGAAGAGUAAUAAAUUGCGGACUGUAAUCCUUGUGGUUGUGCCAAUCACUACGUCUCUGGUACCAACUGUAUGCAUCUGCAUUUAUUUAAGAGCGAGGAAGACAGAAAAAAAAGCCGAAGAUGCAGAUGAAAGUAGAAGUGCAGAAUCCUUGCAAUUUGACUUUGGCACCAUCAGAGUUGUUACAGAUGAUUUUUCUGAAGCAUAUAAACUCGGACAUGGAGGUUUUGGUUCUGUAUACAGGGGUAAGCUUCCCAAUGGGGAAGAGAUAGCAGUGAAAAGGCUCUCUAUGGAUUCUGGACAAGGAGAUUUAGAAUUCAAAAAUGAGGUCUUACUAGUGGCUAGGCUUCCACACAGAAAUUUAGUUAGACUUCUCGGUUUCUGCUUGGAAGGAAAUGAAAGGCUUCUUGUCUAUGAGUAUCUCCCUAACGCAAGUCUUGAUAACAUCAUUUUUGAUCCAAUCAAGCGCGACCAACUGGAUUGGGAUAAACGUUAUAAAAUCAUAGAAGACAUUGCUCGAGGGCUACUUUACCUUCAUGUUGAUUCUCUCCUUAGGAUUAUUCAUCGUGAUCUCAAAGCUAGUAACAUCUUAAUAGAUGCAGAAAUGAACCCUAAAAUUUCAGAUUUUGGCAUGGCAAGGUUGUUUGUGCAUGAUGAAACACAAGGCAAUACUAAUCGUAUUGUGGGAACCUACGGAUAUAUGCCUCCCAAAUAUGUGAAGCAUGGACAUUUUUCUGUUAAGUCUGAUGUCUAUAGUUUUGGCGUGUUGAUUUUGGAGAUAAUAAGUGGACAGAAAAAUAGUUGCUUCCAUCAUGGAGAGAAUAUGGAGACUCUUCCAAGCUAUGCAUGGAAAAGCUGGAGGGAAGGGAAAUGUUCAAAUGUGAUAGAUCCCAGAUUGAAGAAAGGUUCAAGGGCUGAAAUAAUGAGAUGCAUACACAUUGGACUGUUAUGUGUGCAAGAAAGUCUAGCUGAUAGACCAACCAUGGCUUUAGUUAUCCUCAUGUUCAAUAGCUACUCUCUCAGUCUCCCAGUACCCUCAAAACCAGCAUUUUUAAUGUAUAGUAGCGUCAGAUCCAGGACAAACUUUGUCUCUGUCGAAGUAACCGAAAAUGAUGAUGCUUCAUUAAUCACUGAAGUAAAUCCUCGCUAGAGCUUGAAGAUUGAUCGA